ACCGCCCGUGAGUGAUGUGAAUGCAGUUUGCGUGGCUCAGAAGUCAGACGUACUGUGGUGAGGUGAACAAGCCUCCGCGCCGAGUGUCAGAGCAGCGGCGGCACCGGUAGUAGUGAGAGCAGCAGUGGUAAGCGCAGCAGCAUCAUCAGCAGCAGCAGCAUCAGCAGCAUCAUCAUCAGCAUCAGCAGCAGCAUCAUCAGCAGCAUCAGCAGCUUCACAGCGAGCGAUGGCGUCAAUUCAUCUGGUUACUGUGCUGGCAACAGCUUUCUUCGCUCUGCAUGGUCCGCUGCAGCCGCAGCUUCUGGAGGCGGAGGCGCGGCAGGCGCGGCAGGCGGACUGCCCCUCCCCGUGCCGGUGCCCCGCGGGCGUCGCCCCCUCGCGGUGCCCUGGGGGCGCGGCUCCCGUGCGCGACGCGUGCGGCUGCUGCGAGGUGUGCCCGAGGCUGCGCGGGCAACCGUGUGGCGAGGGCGCCGCGUGCGACCAGCGAGCCGGCCUCGUGUGUCGCUACCGCCAGCAGCAGCACCACCAGCAGCAGCACCACCAGCAGCAGCACCACCAGCAGCAGCAGCAGCAGCAUCGGCACGAGUCCGGUAGAAGGGGUGGCACGGGCGUGUGCGUAGGUCGCCAUGACUCUGGUACGGCCGUGGUGGCACCGCCGCUGCCACAGCCACCACCGCCUGUGGGGUCGUGCGAAUUCCGCGGGGUGCUGUAUCGCGAUGGUGAGAGGUUUCUCGUGGACUGCAAGGAGUACUGCUCGUGCCGUGCCGGCAGCCUGGCCUGCGUGCCCGCCUGCCCCCAGUCCGAGAUGCGGUCCUCGCCCAGCUGCCCCGAGCCGCGGCGCGUGCCGCCCCCUCCGGGAAAGUGCUGCCACGAGUGGGUGUGCGGGCAGCCAGAGGCGGCGGGCGCCGGCAAUCGGACCAGGGAGAUGCUCGGACGGCACGACACGAUGGCCGGUCGCCGUGACUCAGGCACUGCCGUGGUGGUGGCGCCGCCGCGGCCACAGCCACCGUCACCACCUCUGGCGCGGUCGUGCGAAUUCGGUGGGGUGCUGUACCGCGACGGCGAGAAAUUUCGCGUGAGCUGCGUGCUGCACUGCUCGUGCCGCGCCGGCAGCCUGGCCUGCGUGCCCGCCUGCCCCCAGUCCGUGCUGUUGCCCUCGCCCAGCUGCCCCGAGCCGCGGCGCGUGCCGCCCCCGCCUGGGGAGUGCUGUGAGAAGUGGGUGUGCGGGCAGCCAGAGGAGGCGGGCGCCGGCAUUCGGGCCAGGGAGGUGCUCGGAGGGCACAACGCGAUGGCCGGUCGCCGUGUCUCUGGCACCGCCAUGGUGGCGCCGCGGCCCCCACAACCACCGCCACCACCUUCCGCGCGGUCGUGCGAAUUCGGCGGAGUGCUGUACCGCGACGGCGAGAGGUUCCACAUGGGCUGCGAGCAGUACUGCUCGUGCCGUGCCGGCGGCGUAGCCUGCGUGCCUGCCUGCCCCCACUCCGAGAUGCUGCCCUCGCCCAGCUGCCCCGAGCCGCGGCGCGUGCCGCCCCCGCCGGGAAAGUGCUGCCACGAGUGGGUGUGCGGGCAGCCAGAGGCGGCGGGCGCCGGCAAGCGGACCAGGGAGGUGCUCGGAGGGCACGACGCGAUGGCCGCGUUUCGCCAGGAGGACACGAUGAUGGUGGUGGUGGCGCCACCGGGGGGGUCGUCAUCAUCCGGCUCCGAGGCUGCUGCUGCUGGGGAACCAGCCGGGGGAGCGGCUGCAGCCGGGCCCCCCUUCACGUGCGAGAUGGGCUACUCGAGCGAGUGGAGCGCCUGCUCGCGGAGCUGCGGGGCGGGCAUCUCCACGCGCGUCUCCACCGAGAACCCGCGCUGCCGCAUGGAGCGGCAGUCGCGCGCGUGCGUCGUGCGGCCCUGCGACCUGCCCGUCCCUCCGCCGAGAAAGCCGGGCAAGCGCUGCACUCGCACGUUCCGCGCACCGUCGCCGGUGCGUCUGCGGGACCCGGCGGGGCCCGGCGGGGCCGCGUGCACCUCGCUGCGCCGCUACCGCCCGCGCUACUGCGGCGGCUGCUCCGACGGCCGCUGCUGCACCCCGCACCGCACGCUGACACGCGCCGUGCGCAUGCGGUGCGCGGGCGACCGCGUGGCCCUCAGGGACGUCAUGGUGGUGCGCACGUGCGCCUGCCACCGACACUGCCCUGACGACGACGGUGACGACGACGCGGGCAACGAUGGUAACGAGGUGUGAUGGUCAUCACGGUGGUGGUGCUGGUGGUGGUCAUCGUAAUCGUGGUGGUUAGUGAUGAUGAUGACACCAUUGUGAUUGACAAAGGUGAUGGCGAUGAAGACACAGUUAAGCCAGUGAUGAUCACACGAUUAUCAUGGUGACAUUAAUAAAGAUGCAGAUGACAAAUGGGACAUUGAUGAUGACACAGGUAUUUAAUCAUGAUGGCGAUGAUAAAAUCAUGAUGGCACCUGACAGUGGCACUAUGACGAUGACCACCACCACGCCAGUGCAUUGAAACACACCACGACACCGUGGUGAUCGACGACGAAUUACACAGUCAUUAUAACAAUAAUACAAUGAUGAUGGUGAUAGCACCACGAUCAUACCAUCUUAAUGAUUAUGAAUAUGAUAACAUGGUAAUGACACGAUGGUAAAAAAUACUAUGGUAUUGAUACCACGAUGUUUAUAGUGACGAUGAUCAUAAUGAUGGUAGUGAAUAUCACACGUUACAGACAAUAUUUACUCCACAAUAAAAACUCGCAGACACCACUUGCAUCACGUUAACACCAUAGUGGCAUUAACACCAUGAUUACAACACCACCUCAUCCGCCUCACCCACUACUGUCACCAUGACACCAUACCUACACCACCACUAAGUGACACCACAACUACACAACCACCAGUACACCUACACAACCACCACCACAGCUAUACCACCACACAACUACCACCAGUGAGACGACACAUACACAACCACGACCACACAUACCCAACCACCACCACCGUGACACCACACCUACACAACUACCACCACACCAACACAACCACCACCACCCCUACUCCACUACCAUCAGUGACACCACCACUACAUCUACACAACCACCACCACACCAACACAACCACCACCACACCUACACAACCACGACCACACAUACACCACCUCCACUACCACCGGUGAUACCACCACUACAUAUAUACAACCACCGCAGUGACACCACGAUUACUGCACCAAUUUCGCAACAUCCUCGACGACAUUUUCGACCUUUUUUUUAAACGAAACGUUCUAUAGGCUUUAUAUGAAUAAUUAUGUGACUGGUCCAACUCAAUGUAACCAUACACGGUAGUUGGUAUGUACUUAGACCUAACGAUAGAGCUCUCCGUAGCCGCAUUCCACUAUACACGGCUGAGAUUUAAUGUUUGCACUUAACUAGAGAAGAAGUCUGACAUCUCCGAUGCUUUAUCAUCUGAGUUCCUCUCUCUCUCUCUCUGCAACUUUCCCUUCUCACGCAAUAGUAACUGCUACCCCAGUGUAAAUACACAUUUUGUAUAUAAAGUCCUGAUACUAAUUUAUGUAACUACUCCAUUUCUAUCCCUGUGUAUAGAUUGUGUGAAGUAUUUUUUUUUACAUAUAAACGCUUUGCAGUUACAUGGUGCACCUUUGUCUCUGGCAGUUACAUUUUCAUUCAUAGUUCACCUCGUCCCUUGAUAUAGAAUAUCUCGUUUGCAAGGGUGUCAAGGCAUUUAGCAAACACGUAUUUAACAUGAGAACCUACAUCAACAUAAACAGUGUUUAUUUGUAGGGGGAUUUUUAAAAAUCAUUAUAGAAGGAUCAAGGUAUGCCCAAGGGCUUCCACCCUGCCCUCUUGCCUAGAUGCCCCCGCUAAAAGCCGACGGAAUGUAGGCAAGGAAGUGUGGCCAGCUCGGGCUUUUGAAUCGAAAACAACUGAGGAGUUGCAAAACAAGAGCACUGUAAUGUAACACAAAAAAAACAUUCACAAAAUAAACAAUGCCGUGCGUGUGUGCGUACAGCAACUACAUUCCAACUAACGUGCAGCCCUUCCUCAAUCCACGAGUGGAUGAAGGCCUCCCCUAUACCAUAUCAGUUGUGGAAAGAUUUGGCCACUGGUUCAAAUAGCAAACGCUUCACUGAUUUCAGCCGUGACUACGAAUCAAAAGUCGAUCCCUCUAUAAAAUUACAUUUUUAUUGUACAAAAAUCUCCGCAGGCAUUUGCUUUAUGCGUUUUUUAAGGCUGCAUGUUAUUUUUGCCUCCAAAAAGUAUCACUGACGAUGAUGUUAAAUCCCAUCGUGACUUUGCUCUAGCCGGGCGCAGGCAGAGAGCAGCUGCUGCGAACGCCUGCUCUCACGUCUGCAGGCAUAUCACAAACUGCGUGCACUCGUUCAUAAUUCACGCGCACACGGCAAUCCUGCACCAUUCACGCACAUUCCUCUCUUAACUUCAUCUUAAAGACGUGUUUUUUUUGUUCGUUGUUGUUGUUUCAUUAACGAACAUUGAAAAAUAA